AUGGAACAAGAGAGCAGGCUUGUAAAUGCAACAGAAAAUGUGAUCGUAAAGGAGAUCAGUGUCAAACCAAAGAAAAAUGUUUCAUGGUUCUCCGAAAAUUGGCGAGCGGUUUUGUCAGAGUUUGUGUCGACGACAUCGUUAUUAUUUCUCGGUUGCAUGACCUGUGUACCUAUUGAUGGCUUACCUAUGAAUCCACCGAUAUACAGUACACUUGGCUUUGGAUUGGUCGUUCUUAUAAACAUUCAGACGUUUGGACAUAUAUCUGGAGCCCACAUGAAUCCAGCAGUGACAUUAGCAGCUGUAAUAUGGGGCAAGAUGUCAAUUGCUCUUGGUACAGUAUAUGCACUAGCUCAAAUCUCUGGUGCAUUUGUUGGUUAUGGUAUUUUAAUAGCAUUGUCUCCGGUAGAUUUGUCGUCUGGUGUUUGCGUCACUCGACCCCAUGUGAAACAUUCGGAAUGUCAAGCUUUGGGUGUCGAGAUUGUGCUAACUGUGAUUUUAGUGCUCCUCAAUUGUUCAGCCUGGGAUCCGAUUAAUGAGAAGAAAAAUCAGUGUAUGUCCACCAUGUUUGGUCUAUCGAUUGCUGGCCUUUCUAUAGCUGGUGGACCAUUGACUGGAGCUGGAAUGAACCCAGCAAGAUCUCUAGCUCCAGCUGUGUGGACCAGCUCGUGGAAAUAUCAUUGGGUAUAUUGGGUAGGGCCUCUUCUCGGUAGUACAGUGGCGGUUCUGUUUUAUAAAUACAUCUGGCUAAAGACAAAAAAAGUGGAGGAACCUGAAGUACUCACAUGGGCUGGCAGUCGCAGUAUUGUGUCACAAUCAUAG